AUGUCGACCUUUGGACACUACUUCCGAGUGACCACCUAUGGAGAAUCCCACUGCAAGUCCGUCGGCUGCAUCGUCGACGGAAUCCCGCCUGGAAUGAAGCUGGACGAGUCUGAUAUCCAGGUCCAGCUCUCGCGGCGGCGGCCAGGUCAGUCCAAACUGACCACCCCCCGAAACGAGAAGGAUCUGGUCAAGAUCCAGUCCGGCACCGAGUUCGGACUGACCCUCGGCACUCCGAUCGGCAUGCUCGUCCAGAACGAGGACCAGAGACCGCACGACUACUCGGAAAUGGACCUCUACCCGCGGCCGUCGCAUGCCGACUACACCUACCAAACCAAGUACGGCAUCAAGGCAUCCUCGGGCGGUGGCCGCAGCUCUGCUCGUGAGACCAUUGGCCGCGUUGCUGGCGGUGCGAUUGCCGAGAAGUACCUCAAGGAGGCCUACGGUGUCGAGAUUGUGGCCUUUGUCUCUGCCGUCGGUGCCGUCUCGCUCGACCGUAACCCGACUAACCCGGAGUUCCUCUCGCUACUCGACACGAUCACGCGCGAGCAGGUCGACGCCGCCGUCCCCGUCCGCUGCCCUGUCCCCGAUCUGGCCGAGCAAAUGAUCAAGAUCGUCGAAGAGAUGAAGGAGAAGCACGACUCCAUCGGCGGUGUCGUUACCUGCGUCAUCCGAAACGCUCCGAUCGGACUCGGUGAGCCCGUCUUUGACAAGUUCGAGGCCGAGCUCGCGCACGCCAUGCUCUCGAUCCCUGCCACCAAGGGCUUCGAGAUAGGCUCCGGCUUUGCGGGAACUACCAUCCCCGGAUCGCAGCACAACGACCCGUUCUACAAGGACCCUGAGACUGGAAAACUCCGCACCAAGACCAACAACUCUGGCGGAAUCCAGGGCGGCAUCACCAACGGCGAGAACAUCUACUUCAGCGUUGCGUUCAAGCCUCCUGCUACUAUCUCGCAGGAGCAGAAGACCGCAACCUACGAUGGUAAAGACGGUGUCUUGGCUGCCAAGGGUAGACAUGACCCCAACGUCGUCCCCCGUGCCGUGCCUAUUGUCGAGGCUAUGGCUAGUUUAGUACUGAUGGAUGCCGUUAUGGCUCAGUUGGCUAGACAAGGAAGCAGACAGCUGCUGCCUCCUUUGAACUAA